UCUUUUAAGCUUUGUUUGUGAUUUGAAUGGCUUGCCUUAACGACCGCGCAAAGAAAUGUUUUAACGCAACCAUACACGAAUUUCACGAAGAUGAUGAUGACGAUGUACUGGCCCCUAAAGAACCGCAGGUUACAUCAACAGACCCGAAUGAAAGAAAAGCUGCUCGAUCACUUCGGAUCAAACGCAGACAAGAUGCACUCAAAAAAUACCAAAGAGCUGAUCAGCCUGCAGAGGAGAAAAUUACUGCAGAAGAGGAACCCAGUAUUAUAGAACAAGCGACAAGUGCUGCAGCGGAGGAGCUUCAACGUUUAGCACUAGAUGGCGCUGCUAAAGUUACCAAUGUUAAAGUCACUACGGAUGAGCGCGAAGUGGUGCGACGGACCCACUUUUUUGAAAAAAUGACUGGAGCACUAAAAAGGAUUGAGGGGGAAGCAGCCGAAGCACAACUUCAAUAUGAAGCCAUAUCGGAAAAUUGGGAGCAUAUGUUGGCCAUUAAAGAUCCUUUAGAUAUCGAUGCAGAGAUGAAAGAGCAAAAAAAGAAAUGCGAUAAAUUGUUGGCUCAAAAAGACCAACUAAUCGCUGAGCUUAAAGCAAAUUUAAAGAAAAUGGAUGAAGAUUAUUAUGAAGAUUUGGAAAAACAGGAUAAAGAUAUUAAAGAGUUAUCGGACAGAAUAGAGAAGCAAAUAACAAUUAUGCAAAGAGCGUAUGGGAAGCAGCUUAGUUUAAUAGAAGCGGCUAUAAAUAUCGAAAGAGAAGGAAUGAUAGACCAUAAUAACAAAAGAUGGGAAGCUCUUUAUAAACAGCGUGAUAAAGAAGAAGUGGCCCAUUUAGAAUACAGAUUUGUUCAGUUAGAAGAACAUAAACUGGAAGUUGAAGCAAUCAUGUGGGAUCAUCAUGAAAAAUACCGGGAUGCUAAAAUACAACUGGAGAAUUUGAUUCAAGAGUUACAACAAGAACUAGAGAAACUAAAAGCCACAUGUAUAAUCAAUACAGAGAAAAUUGGGUACACAUAUCAGGUUCUCAAAAAACGCGAGGAAGAAAAUGUUUUUGUUAGGUCUCAACAAAAAAGAAAGUUAAAUAAAAUGUCUGAUGUAGCUAAUGCGUUGAGGUCAAAAAUACGAAAAGCAGCCGAGGAUGGCGCUAUCGAAGAGAAAAAAGCGGAUUUGGAAAUUAUAAAACUUAUGCAAACAAUGGAUGAUUUAGAGAAAAAGUCGGAUCAUUUUGCUAAUGUGAACCAUUACAAGUUUACGCAGAUCUGGCGGAUGUCUACGGCAAGAUGCAUAGAGCUUAGUAGGAAGCUUCGUCAAGGGGAGAUAGCUCUGCACGCUCAUAUUCUAUCAGAGCCACCUCCACCGCCACCACCGAAAGCACCAAAAAACCCUUUAAAUAAAAAAGAGGACGACAAAAAUGCAGUUAAGACGGAUAGCAAACCAACGGUAAAUCCUAACGAUGAAGAAUCUUUAGAGGCAAAACAUAAAUUGGUUCGACAUAUACUACAACUUGUGGCGGAUAACACUGGUUUCUUGGUGGAAGAUCGGUUACUAAAACUAAUAGAGAAAUACCAACAAAGUUCGAGGAACUUGUGCACAUUAGAUGCUAUUUUCAUGGCUCUAGAAAUCCAAGCGGAAGAGGACGUCGAACUACUGUGUAACACUUUUUUGAAUUAUGCAUUUUGUCCGAUAUGUGUCGGUCUCGAAGUGGCCACAGAUUUUGUUGGGCCACAGGCGUCGGGCGCAUCUCAGGAUCAAUUGUCCAAAGCAGAUUCGCAAGCUGGUGUUGCCGCUAGACCACGUGCUCGUACAAGUAUUGCCGCCAGAAGUAUUUCAGCGAGCACUUCGCGCUCAGCACACAUCGGUUUCAGGAGUCACGAACUGUCUCCAGAAGAUCAACUGUUAAUGACGGAAGCGGAUGAGAUAUUGCAAAAAUGUGGCGAUCCUCAAGCAACUAUUAUGGUAACUGGAGGUACUCCUGACGGCGGUUCCACGUCCGGCAGGCGGCCUGGGGGGAGAGGUGUUACCGUAGCCGCAAAACCAAAAGACUCCGAGGAAACAAAACCUUUGAACCCCUACCUCUGUCCGAUUGGACACGUUUUGGAAAUAGAGCCAAUGCAAGUUUUAACAGCUCUAAGUGAAUUCAUAGGAUUGUUUGUUCCACCAGACAAAAAGAAACUAUACGAUAUUCUGGAAAGUCUAAAGCCCCCCAGUUUCGACACUCCGUCAAGAAAGCUUAGCGCUGAUGAAAUAACAAACUACUGGAUUCAGUGGAAAAAUGUAUUUCCACAAGAAAAAGAUCGUUUUUGGGAUGGAUUACUUACAGGGUUGAAUAAUUACUUGACAAUUUUACAAGAACGUGAACGUAUACACGAAGAGGUAGUCGAGUUGCGUCAGCGAAACGCGGCAUUACGCCGUUUGGUGCGCGGUGCGCUGCCCGAUUUGCCGCAGCAGGUGCCGAAGUAUGCACGCCCUCGUGGUCAAUCUUUUGUUGCACCUAUUCCCGAUACUGCACCCGUGGCAUUUGCUCGAUUACCCCCAAUAAAUUAAAUCAUUCGAGAUUUAC